CGUAUGUAAGAACGAUUGAUGUUUAUUUGUUGUACUUUUGUUUAUGUGAGGCGUUUAACUUUGUACAUCACCAAUUCAACUUAUCCAUUUGGUUCUUCUCUAAGUGUGUUAUAAUAACACUGCAAUCAGUAGUGUAGAUUUACAUAGUAGUCCAUCAAAGACUGUUUUAUGUCUCCUACCAGUCUAUAUUGUCUUUUAUAAAAAUGUCAAUUUUCACACCAACAAAUCAAAUAAGACUAACAAAUGUUGCCGUUGUUCGAAUGAAAAAAGGAGGAAAGAGAUUUGAAAUAGCAUGCUACAAGAACAAGGUUUUAUCAUGGAGAAAUAACGUAGAGAAAGAUUUAGAUGAAGUUUUGCAGACUAACAGCAUUUUCACCAAUGUUUCAAAAGGGCAAGUUGCAAAAAAAGAAGAUCUAAUUAAGUGUUUCAAAACUGAAGAUCAGACUGAAAUAUGUAAAGAGAUCUUAGCUAAAGGCGAGCUGCAGGUGUCAGAGAAAGAGAGGCAUGCUCAAUUGGAAUCCAUGUUUAAAGACAUUGCUACAAUAGUGUCAGACAAAUGUGUUAAUCCUGAGACUAAAAGACCUUAUCCUGUAAGCAUUAUUGAGAAGUCCAUGAAGGAGAUGCAUUUCUCAGUUAAGCCGAGCAAGAGCACGAAACAACAGGUUUGUGUAAAGAGCCAUUAAUUUAGAAGGUAUGAGUACAUUGUAUAUUUUUCAUUGUUCUAUGUGGAAGAUUAUGUGUAUCUCUUUCGAGCAAGUGAGAACCGUUGCUUCAAACCUUAAUGCCUGUUUUUCUAGGCUUACAUAAGUUUUAACUGACAGUUACAGUUCUGAAUAAUACCCUGGCUGAAAUGUUUAAGAAAAG